GUUAUGUUGAAGCGUAAACGGUGGUCGGCCUUUCACUUCUUGAGAGUGGAUAAGAAGCUAGAGCCAUUUCGCUCACCGUAGUGAAUCGUGUUGUCCGAGUAUAAAGUUUCACGGCGUGAGUUUAACUCUUGCGACAAAGAAGAUGGGGUCACGCGUUACGCGAGCGUUGAGAAAUUUUAACUUGGAAAAUCGGGUACACAGAGAAAUUGACAAAGCUAAACCUAAAGUGGCCCCUCGACAUCCUUCGACCAAAAAUAUUGAGCAAGCUUACCAGACUCCUGAUCUAAUGGAAUCCAUCCAUAAGAAGAACGAGCCUCUUUUAAGGCUGCUGAAGUCGGUGUAUGUGGAGUCCAAAGACCCUCCAGCCAAGCCCUUGCAACUUAAGAAAACACAAGUGGAGGAACGUCGACUGCUGAAGAUCAGUCUGCCUAACAACCCCUAUGGCAUCAGUGAAAUCACAGACGUCCCAAAAGGCAAACUGUCCAUUGUGGAGGCUCUUAAUGCCCUUAACCAGCACAAACGUGACCCCAAGACGUGGACCCCCGAGAGAAUAGCCCAGGAGUACUCUUUAGACUUAAAGGAUGCGAAGGCACUUCUAGAAUUCUUUAUCCCCUUUGAUGUAAAAAUUAUACCACCCAAGUCAAAGGUCACCAAAAAGAUAGAAGCUAGUUAGCAGCUGUACUCUGUAGUAUUCUUGGUUUAAGUAGACAUUUUCAAUUUUUUGUGUACAUGGAGACUUCUGCAAUAUUAUUUCAUUGUGUAUGUUUUGUUUUUCACUUACUACAGUACCAAGUAGAAUCAGUGUUGUAGUGGAAGUGGGAAGAAUUCAAUGCAAUUAGUAUUGAUGCACACUGUCUGACUUAUGUCAGUAUAUAAAUAUUUAAUUGCAUAUUUUCUGGUAUCUAUUUAUGUCAAGAUUAUGAAAAACUGCCUGUGGUAUUUUUAAUAUUCAUACUGUAAAUUGAGCCCUAGAUGUUAUGUAAGGAUUUGUGAAGCCUGACAUAUGUGAUACAUUUUCACGUAGUAGAUGCUGAUGUAAUUAAAUUUUUGUCAUUUACGAUGCCACAAAUAAUACCAAAAUGGGAGAUGAAUCCAAGAGGCUCAAAAAUAACGUAAGAUCUUUGUCUUUUCGAUGGGACACGUGGUAUUUGUAGCAACCCAGUUGCGUACUUUUUAAGGGUGGAUGGAAAAUCACCUGGACUAAGUUUGAGAAAUAGAAGUAUAAACUUGUGUGCACUAUUUGUAUUGUACCUCAUGGCCCUAAAGGCUUGACAGGACACCAAGGACAAAGAUGGGCUAAGAGAAGACAAAAUAAUGGCAAUAAUUAUGUAAAAGUAAUAAAUGUUUUGUUAAUAUAGGGCAUUAUGUCCAGCUGGUUCUGGUGGUUUGGCUGUGGCUAUAACUCUCCAAUUUUUGUCCACAUUUAUUUACAGCAUUUGUUAGGUUUUCUACGGUAUUUUAUACCAGGUCAAUUUGGGUGGUACUGUAAUAACUCAAGUGUUUUUUUUUAAUGGCUGAGAUCACAUAGGAAUAACUAAUUUAAAUGAGCAGCUCAUAAUUUUAUAGCUAGGAAGCCUGUAGUAGACUAGAGGAUAAAUCACCCAAAAUAAAAC